CUAUGCCUGUGAUACCCGAGCAGUAACAAGAAGGUUGAUGAAAAGUACGAGGUCGUAUAACACAUACUGAUUUGAAUUAUAAAAAUGCACUGCUUAGCGGAUGUGGCAUUAACUCCAGUUGGUCCUGCAGAGUAUGGAUUUGAGGAAGCUCUGGCAAGCUGUGUUCCUAUAUUGGAGAAAAGUGGUCUCACCUAUGUUGUGCACGAUGGAGGUUUCACAAUCGACGCCGAUUGGCAAGCGGCAACCGAUUUAAUUGGUCUCUUGCACCAGCGUCUGCAUGACGCUGGGUUUGAACGUGUCCACAGUGAUAUCAGGAUUGGAACACGUACAGACAAGGCACAAACCAUGCAAGAUAAGGUGGAUACAGUAGAGAGGCAACUGGCAUUUCCUGAACAAUGAAAGCUACCUGUGUAUCUGUGCAAAGUACGCAGUCUUGUGUAUUACUUGCUUUUGUUAAUAGCACUAUUUUACAAGAUCAUUUUAAAGUUACGACCUAAUGGAUAAAAACCUCAAACAUGAAUGAGCA